UAACAUUGGUAGUGAAAUUGCCUUCGUGUCGCUGGCCGAAUAAUUUUGCAGAGUAGGUUAUUUCAAAGUGAUUGAGUGGUUUUUAAUAAAGUCGCUGGUUUUUAUACAAUUAAUUGUACAAUUUAAUAAGAUUUUAAUAAAACUUUAGUAUUGGCAUCGUUUAACAUUAACCAGCAACAUGGGUCUGCUACAUGCUAUUCGUGUUAGACUUAUGAAUUUUAUGAUAUUUUUUCUGAUCGUAAUCUUGCUGCCGGGUCUGCCACCGCGUACCACUUUCCCUUAUAAAGAAUUUCAUGUAACACCUGCUAAAGAGUUAAAAGGCGCCUUGGAGCCUAAUCAGCACCUAGAUGGUGGUGAACGCCUCUUGGAAGGGCGUGUCUAUGGACCAGAGUGUCUUAUUGCUCGUAAAAAUGAGAUUUAUACCGGCAUUCAUGGCGGUGAGGUUAUUAAAUUGACUGCCGACCAUGUAACUCAUGUUGCGAAAAUUGGACAGCCCUGUGAAGACAUAUUUGAAGAAGCACGUUGCGGUCGACCUUUAGGACUUGCCUUUGAUACGAAAGGUAAUAAUUUGAUUGUAUCCGACGCAUAUUAUGGAAUAUGGGAGGUAAAUCUUAACACCAAUGAAAAGAAAUUGCUGGUAUCUCCACAACAAGAACAACCAGGCAAAGGUAUAAAUCGCAAACCUAAAAUUUUCAACACAGUUGCUGUGGAUCAGAAAGGUGACAUCUAUUGGACUGAUUCAAGUUCCGAUUUCUUGCUUCUUGAUUUGGUAUACACCUCUUUUGUGAAUCCCUCUGGUCGCCUUUUUAAAUACAAUCGCGCUGCCAACGUUAGUACCGUACUACUAGACGAAUUGUUCUUUGCUAACGGUUUGGCACUGAGCCCCGAUGAGGAUUUCAUCAUUGUUUCCGAAACUGGAGCCAUGCGUUUGAUUAAGUACUACUUGAAAGGUCCCAAGGCAGGACAAAGCGAGGUGUUUGUAGAAGGUCUACCUGGUCUACCCGAUAAUUUGACUCCGGAUGCAGAAGGCAUUUGGGUUCCACUGAUAAUGGCUGUUGAUAGUGAACAUCCAAGCGCCUUUAAUUUGUUCUCCAACUUUCCUAACAUUCGACUUUUCUUAGCACGUUUGCUUAAUCUCUUCGAACUACCAUUCCGUUUAAUUAACAACGCAUAUCCAAAUAAGUUGACACAAAAGUUUAUUCAUUUUAUUGGACAUUGUGAGAGUGUACUCAUUUUGGCACAUAAACGUGCCACCAUCGUGAGAGUGGAUUGGAAUGGUAAUAUCGUUGGUUCAUUGCACGGCUCCGAUAGGUCCGUGGGCGCAGUGUCGCAUGUCUUGGAAUUCAACGAUCAUCUCUAUCUUGGUUCACCCUUCAAUCGAUUUUUGGCACGUGUAAAAUCUCCGAGAGCCAGCAAACAGCCGGACGUCAUAAUCAGAAAUGUGAGGUAUGAAGGAGUUGGAAUGGAAGCUUCUGUUAAGCCACAAACUACAACUAGUAAGCCUAAGCCCGCUGCUACUACUAAACCACUAACUACGACGUCGCAAUCGACUACUACAACUACUACUACGCCAAGACCCACAACAACGACGCCUCGACCUACUACAACUACUUCGAAACCGACUAAAACUACUAGUAAACCUACAACAACCACGACACGUACACCGCCAACAACUACAACGACUACGACAAAAAAACCGUCUAGUGCAGCACCUAAAACUGCGCCCGGUACAGCAAAAGCGAAGUCUACAUCUACGACAGCUCGACCUACCACAACCACCACAGCGCCGAAGCGUGUGCCACCCAAGCAACCCGCACCGAUUAAGGAAGAAAUACCAAAUGAUACCAAACCACCUAAAUUCGACAAACUUAAAGUGAUCACCAAAACGGGUGAACACAUCGAACUUUAAAUAAACUAACACCAACUAACUCAUCAUCAGCCAUCCCAGGUGUCGAACAAAUACUUACAUACCAACAUCAACAUUCGCCGGCAUGUAACAAUAUUGCUUGCAGCAAUAAAAUUAGCAAUAAUCUAGUAAAUAUAAAACGUAUAGCGAUUCAGAGUAAACAGAGUUAAGCUCCACGCAUCCGAAGCGCACCGCCGAAGCUAAGAAUAUUACUGCAGCAUGAUUCCGCUUAAGAUUUUGAGGAUUGUUUAUGAUAGCUCAUAAUUGAAUACAUUCCAAUUAGCAUUGCAAGUCUAAUAUACAGCUAGAACUUUAUUUUGAUUGUGAAAACCACAACCAUACAUUCCACCCAAAUGCAUGCAAAAGGGUUUUUAGAAAUUUUUUGUGCGCGGAAUAAUAAAAAUUUGUUAUAAUUCAGUAAACUCAGUUGGUUUAGAAGGUAGUUAUGUAUGUAUAAGACUAGAGUUACAGCGGAUCUUUGUGAAAACCAUAUUAUUGAAUCUGUGCUCGAACAAAAUUUGAAACUCUUUUGGUUCUACUAAGUUUAUUUAGUACUCGAUUGUACUAACUUAAUAUAAUGAAUAUGUAUAUUUCCACAAAAUCGUAUGAUUUAAAAAAUUUUAAAUUUAAAAACUUGAUAUGAAUUCCUUUUCCCCUCAUUAAAUAUGCGAAAUCUUACUUUUGAGAGAAAUAAUAAAGUAAACUUCAUGUACUGA